GAAAGCACGAUUCAAACUGAGUUCCAUUGAUUAUGAGCUAAGAUUGACUCGAUCCAAACGCCGCAAAAAGACCGCAGUCGCCCACGGUAUCGAGCGUUCUUUGUUUCCAGACCUAUGCUCUCUUCUCCCGAAACCAGAUGCGCAUAGGGGAAGUUGCUUGCUUGCUCCAUAUUCCUUUUUUUUUUUUAAAAAAAAAAACCACAUCACGCGUAUAAACACGCCCAUGCAGGCGCAUCUUUGUUCAUAUUCAAACACUGCCAAAACCUCACCAAAAACGAUCCCAAGAAACUAAAGCGAGGGGGAGGAGGAGGAGAGGAAUGGAAGACGGGCAUACCACCGGGUUUAACCGGCGGGCGGCCGGGACGCUGGGCCGGCACCUGGCCCGGCGCCUGGUCCAGAUCGGAGUCCGGGACGUGUUCUCGGUGCCGGGAGACUUCAAUCUGACCCUCCUCGACCACCUGAUCGCCGAGCCCGGGCUCAAUUUGGUCGGGUGCUGCAACGAGCUCAACGCCGGCUACGCGGCUGACGGCUACGCCCGGGCCCGCGGCGUGGGCGCUUGCGUCGUGACCUUCACCGUGGGCGGGCUCAGCGUCAUCAACGCCAUCGCCGGCUCCUACAGCGAGAAUCUUCCCAUCAUUUGUAUAGUCGGCGGUCCCAAUUCCAACGACUACGGCACCAACCGCAUCCUCCACCACACCAUCGGCCUCCCCGAUUUCUCUCAGGAGCUCCGCUGCUUCCAGGCCGUCACUUGCUUCCAGGCUGUGGUGAAUAAUUUGGAAGAUGCGCAUGAACUGAUCGACACGGCGAUAUCGACGGCGCUCAAGGAGUCCAAGCCUGUUUACAUCAGCGUCAGCUGCAACUUGCCGGCGAUUCCGCAUCCGACUUUUGCCCCGGAGCCGGUGCCAUAUUUUCUUGCGCCUAAGGUGAGCAACCAAAUGGUACUAGAGGCUGCAGUGGAGGCAACAGCAGAGGUUCUGAACAAGGCUGUGAAGCCGGUUUUAGUUGCAGGUCCCAGACUGAGGGUAGCCAAGGCUCAGCAAGCCUUUGUAGAAGUAGCCAAUGCAUGUGGGUACCCAAUAGCUAUUAUGCCAUCUGGGAAGGGGCUUGUGCCAGAGCACCACCCCCAUUUCAUUGGGACCUACUGGGGUGCGGUCAGCACCAAUUUCUGUGGUGAGAUUGUGGAGUCAGCUGAUGCAUAUGUCUUUGUUGGCCCAAUCUUCAACGAUUACAGCUCUGUGGGUUAUUCUUUGCUGAUCAAGAAAGAGAAAUCGGUGAUUGUGCAGCCCAACCGGGUGACUGUUGGUAAUGGCCCUUCCUUCGGUUGGGUUUUCAUGGCCGAUUUCUUAACUGCACUUGCACAGAAGCUCAAGAAGAAUACCACAGCCUUGGAGAAUUAUCGACGGAUCUUUGUACCACCCUGCCUUCCUCUCAAACGCGAGAGCAAUGAGCCUUUGAGGGUCAACAUCCUUUUUAAGCAUAUCCAGAACAUGUUGAGUGGAGAUACGGCGGUUAUCUCAGAGACUGGUGACUCUUGGUUCAACUGCCAAAAGCUUAGAUUGCCGGCGAAUUGUGGAUAUGAGUUCCAGAUGCAGUAUGGGUCUAUUGGAUGGUCAGUUGGUGCCACUCUUGGAUAUGCGCAAGCUGCCAAGGAUAAACGUGUAAUUGCCUGCAUAGGAGAUGGGAGCUUCCAGGUGACGGCGCAGGAUAUUUCCACAAUGAUCCGUUGUGGGCACCGAAGCAUUAUAUUUCUCAUCAAUAAUGGUGGCUACACCAUCGAAGUAGAGAUCCAUGAUGGUCCUUACAAUGUGAUCAAGAACUGGAAUUAUACUGGAUUGGUUGAUGCUAUUUACAAUGGCGAAGGCAGAUGUUGGACUUCCAAGGUGCGCACAGAGGAAGAAUUGGAAGAUGCCAUUUCGAAGGCCACCGAGGAGCAGAAAGAUAGUUUGUGCUUUAUUGAGGUCAUAGUGCAUAAAGAUGAUACAAGCAAGGAGCUCCUGGAGUGGGGAUCAAGAGUCUCGGCAGCCAACAGUCGCCCUCCAAAUCCACAAUAGCCUGUUGAGUUCGCCACAAAAAUCUGGUUACAUGUAAUCGCUGCUAGGGAAAAGAACGUCUGUGUCAGAAUUCGAAAGGAGAGGGGAUAUUUCUGAUGGCGCUACGAAUAAGUUGUUCUGUUCACUGCUAUUGUAACUUAGAAAAAUCAGUGUGUUGAGGUGCCCUGUAAUAAGCUUUCAGCAAUAUUUCUUUUUUCUGUUGCUUUAGUGCUAGCUGCGGUGUUAAUUGCACCAUGUCGCGGACAACAAAUUACGGACAUAUCUUCAGAUGGUGAUUCA